AUACAGGGAAACCCUAAGGUGGCAGUAACUGCAACUACAUGGAUGCGGACUACCUUAAAAUACCAAAGAAGAAGAAGAAGAGGAAACCGUAAAAGCAGCAGCUGAAGAAGAGGAAGCCAAUAAGAGGAAGUGUUAAUCUGCCUGUUGACAGCUUUAUUUACAGUCUAAGGUUGACAGCUCUGUCGUUUCAAUUAUGGUGUAGCAUCGAAAUUACGGCAGUCUGCUCCACUCCAUGGUCACGUCGUCCCUGUAACGUGGUGGGUUAAAGGUAGUGUUGACAACAGGAGGAUAUUGGGCUCUGUGCUGAACAUGCCUCAUUAGCUUUAAGUCGUUUAGCUUCACAGUAGUUUGGUUAGCCCACCGUGAACACACCGUCUGGAUCCAUCACUCCUCAUCAGAUGAAACGUAAUUUUAGUUGCAGCCUGCCUGUCAGAGAUGGAUGGUGGAGAGGAAGUGGGGAUGGAAGCUGCUCCGUACUGCUGCUCCACUUGUGAUGGAGGGGAGGUUACUGGGCAUAGCGUGGUUCGGCAGAACAGGAAAACCUGCAGCCGGAGCACCUCCUCAGCAAGCAGCUCUUCUGAAUACAAGAGAACUCAGUCACUUCAUGGACCAAGCCCUGUGACCACAUUCGGCCCAAAGGCAUGCAUGCUCCAGAAUCCCCACGCAGUAAUGCACAUUCAGGACCCCGCCAGCCAAAGACUUACGUGGAACAAGCCACCAAAAAGUGUCCUUGUCAUCAAGAAAAUACGAGAUGCCAGUCUUCAUGAACCUUUCAAAGAACUCUGCAUUUUCCUCACUGAGGUGAAGAACAUGGCUGUUUAUGUGGAACAGAAAGUUCUUGAAGACCCAGCUAUUUCAGGCGAUGAGAACUUCAGAGUUGUAGCUAAAAAAUUCUGCACUUUCAGAGAAGAUCUAGACGACAUCUCUAAUCAGGUUGACUUCAUCAUUUGUCUUGGUGGAGAUGGGACUUUGCUUUAUGCAUCCUCGCUCUUCCAGGAGAGUGUCCCACCAGUUAUGGCUUUCCACCUGGGGUCCUUGGGCUUUCUGACACCUUUGAAGUUUGACACCUACCAGUCCCAAGUCACCCAAAUCAUUGAAGGUAAUGCUGCUAUCGUCUUACGAAGUCGCCUAAAGGUCCGGGUAUUUAAAGAGAACUGGGACAAGAAAGCCAGAGUGGAUGAAAAGGGCAUCAUCCUGACUAACGGGGACAUGGACAGUGGUCGAAAACCUCUACAGUACCAGGUUCUCAACGAGGUUGUGGUAGACAGAGGACCUUCCUCCUACCUCUCCAACGUGGACCUCUUCCUGGAUGGACACCUUAUAACCACAGUGCAGGGAGAUGGUGUGAUAGUAUCGACACCUACAGGAAGUACAGCGUAUGCAGUUGCAGCAGGUGCUUCUAUGAUCCAUCCGAACGUCCCUGCAAUUAUGAUUACCCCAAUCUGCCCACACUCGCUUUCCUUCAGACCCAUCGUGGUGCCCGCUGGAGUCGAGCUCAAGAUAAUGCUGUCACGGGACGCCAGAAACACAGCCUGGGUGUCAUUUGACGGAAGAAAGAGACAAGAGAUCGCCCAUGGAGACAGUAUUACCAUCACUACUUCCUGCUUUCCUGUUCCCUCCAUCUGUUUCCGGGACCCAGUUAAUGACUGGUUUGAGAGCCUAGCCCAGUGUUUACACUGGAACGUAAGGAAGAAGCAGAACUACCUUGACGAGGAAUUCUGAGGCCUUAUAUCUAUGAUGCUCCAAGAUGCCCAAGGCUCCCAAGUCUUAGUUUCAGCCUGACUGUUCUUUGCCAUUUUGUCUUUUGUAGAUAAAGGUCUCUCCAAACUCCAUUCAAAUACAUCUGUCAUAAAAGUGCUAGUGAUAUGUACUUCAAUUAUUCCAUUUAAUUUAAUGACAAAAAUCUAUAUAUAGUAUGAAGAGAAAAUACAUUCCUAAUUAUAAUGUAACACAUUUAAAUAAUAUAAAAAAUAGCUAUGUAAUAUCUCAAAAUACAUUUCCCACUGACUCUUUCAUUUCAAAAUGUCCCUUUCAUGAGACACUAGAGAUUCAGAUUGUAGCUGGAUCACUUCCACCAGCUAGAGCAAACAGGUUGUUGAAGGCGUAAUGAACAAAACAUGUUUUGCUGCAGAAAACAAACACGUGUUGGCUAGGGCACUCACCUCUAAUUUUGUAGAGGUCAACUAGGCUCAAAAUGUUGCCUGGCUGCCAAAUAACUAGAUAGGUAUGCAAAGUACUUUGACUUGUCUUGGACAUGGUUCCUGUUAUGUAAGUCAAAGGCUAACACUAAUGGCUGCAGCACGAUAGUUAUUUUGAAGGUAUGUCUGUUGGGGAGAAUUCUUUGUUUAGCAUCUUUCUUUCAGAAAUACCUGUCUAGAGAUUCUCUGUCUUGAAUUUAGAUAUUUUAGACAGCAGGGGAAAUUAGCUCGAUGUUGGAACUCUGUAGUUGACAAGUUUGCUCAAGAGGCUGGAGUCUUAAUGUCAUUGGAUGAAAAGAAAGAAGACAGAGGAUAGGGAAAACAUAACUCUUGAAAAUCGACAUUUUAAAAUGAAAUUGUCGUAAGCUGUUUUCGAAACCGCCUACUAUACUAGCAGUAGGUACUGAUUCGGCCAGAAUUCGGUAAGUGAACAAGAGGAAAAUCUGAAGUAGGCCAAAACUACCCAGAUGUUCUACUGAUUCGGGAAAAUUUCUCAGUACGCAUCGGACCAAUCUCCCUUGCGUACUGAUUCCCACAAUGCACAGCGCUAACAUUACGCUUCUUUUGUGACAGGGUGCACUCAGUUUUUAGGUGCUGUGAAAAUGUUUUAAUUCCAUUUAAACCACUUCUUAACUUUUUAAAUAAUAAUUGAUGUUGAAGAAGCAGUUUUGCUAUCAGCUUAACGGUUGUUUACUUCCGCUUUCCGAAACUGGAAAUCCAGCAAUGCGUGACCAGGCAUACUGCAGAACAGAUCCAACAGAGCAGUCGUACUACAUACUACCUUCAGACACAGUAUGCAGUAUGCAGUACCUUCUGCAUACUGCUUUCGUAGGUAGUAUGUAGCAGGCGGUUUCAUAAACAGCCAUUCUUAUGUGUGAUUAUGCUUAAAAAAAGGUGGCUUGUUGAAUGGAGUUUGGCCCCACUUUUGGUCCAGGGCUGUCCAUGUGUUUACUUCCUGUACACCAUCACAAUUGGAUAAUCUGGAGUCAGUGCAGUUUGUGGAAAAGAGUUUUCUGAAUAUUCAUCAGAAGAAUAAUGAAAAAGAGAGGCUUGGAAUGAUCUUGGACAAAUGUGGUCAGAUGUUGAUAGCAGAUACUGCAAUACUCUUUAUGUGUGUUACUAAGUCUGUUUGGCACUUUCUAAUCUUCAAGAUGAAUGGCAGGGACAAAUCGACUACUUUUUAAGCAACAGAACAUAUUAUUACUUUGUAAGCUGUGUUGCUAUAUCGGGAAAAACCUUUGAAAUCUUUUAAACCGAACUUUUCCAAAUUCUGAAAAUCAAAUCAGGAAAAUCUGAUGGCUUGCGAUCAAUGAAUGACAAAUGUUAUUUCACCCUUCUUUUAGGACUAUUACAGGGAAGAGCAAAUUUACGUGACAUCUACAGUACUGGUUAAAAGUGCCCCAACUGUAAAGACUGUGCCUUAUACAUUUGUGUAACUAAUGUAAAGAAAUAGUGAUUUUAAAGGUUUACAUAAGUCUAUUCUUUUUAAUAACAUUCUUCUUUUUAUAACAUUGUUAUUUUUGCAUUUCCAUCAUAACUACAUGUUGACUGUUGUAUUUAAUGUCUGAAGCACACGACACUUGAAUUGUGAAGUUUGUUUGGCAUAUCUCUUUUUUUGCAAUUAUUUUAUCAAUACUUAAAAGAACUUUUCAAGGAUGCCACGAGGUGAUACUCAUUCCAGGCAAAGAGACCACAGUCUAGAUAACAAGCAUAUUUUCAAUGUCCUCUAAGCCAUCUAUUUUAAAUCACCCACAAGCAAUAGCUUAAGUAUGUGUAGGUCUUAUAACUUUCUAAGUUGUAAUUGAGUAAAUAUUGUUUACUUUGUUAACUGGAAUUAUUCACCAAUGUGAUAAAGUUGCAACAAGUUUGUGACUGUGGGGGUCCUUAAUUGAGUGAAGGAUGUGAAGAUGUGUCACCUGUUGUAAUGCAAGUGGACCAACUGAGUUCUGAAAGGCAAUCAUUCAUGGUGUAUUUGUAUGUAUUUUGUUGCUUGAAAAAAAAAAAUACAGAAAAAAAUGUUCAGUCUAAAUGUUUAUCAAUCAGUUUAUGAUCUUCCAUUGCUGAGAAUAAAUCUGUUAACAUUUUUAAGUUCUUCAGUUUAUAAUCAUGUUAAAGAAAUUUUUAAUUCAAAGUUCAAUCAAGAUCAAUUUCAGGAUGUUUUAGAUGUUUUUUAUUUUUUUGUCUUACAAUUACUGGAAACUAUUGGAUAUAUUAGUCUGAACUGUUUAGUCCAAGGAAACUCCAAUUGACAGGCUUUACUUAUCUUUCCUGCAGAGUAUUGUCAACUCUUCUCUCAAAGUGCUUUUCAGUUGUGUUACUUAGAGAGUCUCAUAACUCUGACUUUUCUAUCAGUCACUUUGGUAAUCUUUCUAUCAAGAAUCCUUCUAUUUUUUCCAGAGCACUUUAAUAAACAUGGAGAAAAUCAA